AUGAACAAGUAUAGCGGUGCAAUUGUUAUAAGUGGAAGUAUAGGAGUUGGAAAAACAACAACAAUACAAGCAUUAAUUGAAUAUUUUAAUAAAGAGAAUGUAGGAAUAAUAGAAGAAUAUAUUGAUUAUUCACCUAGAAUUGGAAAAAUGUUAAUAUCAGAUGUAGGGAAUGGAAUAGAAAGAAAUUACACAUUACAAAAAUUUAUUCUUCAAUGUUAUGAAGAACAAUUAAAAAAUAAUAAAAAUAAAAAAGUAAUAAUUAUUGAACGACAUCCUCGUGAAGCAAUUGAAGUAUUUUGUGAAAUAGAUAAAACAAUGACAGAAAAAGAAAGAGAAGAAAUUACGAAUAAAAUAUAUUUAAUAGAAAAAGAAUACCAAUUAGAAUAUAAUAAAUAUAAUACAUAUUGUAUUUCAACUGAUUAUGCAACUCCAAAUGUUAUAGCAAGAAAUAUCUUUACAGAAUGGGUAAAAAGAGAAAAUAUAGAAAAUGAAACAUUUCAUGUAUUUUUAUAUGCUAAUGAAGAAAAUCAAAAGAAAAGAAUUAUAAAAAGAAAUAGAGGAGUUAUUUCAGAAAUGAAUUUUUAUUAU